ACUACAGACACACCCCUUGAGGAGAGAUGUUGUCCAAACUCUGCCCCUGUUUCCCCUGCAGACGCCGCAGAGCAGAAGAGCAUUCCUCAGAGCGUGGAGACCAUCUUCUCUCCAAGACAACGAUGCGGAACAAGACAGACGGCGUCAAGCAGAACUGUUUCCUGUCCAUGUUUAGUUUCUGCUGGACCCCCAAAGCCCCCGCCGCGACCGAUGGACCCCCCCCCACCGAGCAGGAGGAGCCCCCAAAGGAGAUCCCGACGUACGAGCAGAUCCUCCAGGCGAAGCUCUACUGCGAGGCCGGCCGGCUGCUGAUAGAGAGAGAGGAGCGUCUGUUCGGGGAGAUUCAGGACCCAGAGGCGGCGACGGGUCACCAGGAGGAGGUCACGGAGCUGGAGGUCUGCCGCAGGGAGCUGCUGGUCCUGGUGCUGGAGACCCUCAGGUUGUCCCUGAAACCGGUGGAGGUGGGUGGCGCCGCGGCCCUGGUGUCCGCCGUGAAGGCCGUGGAGCAGGAGGAGGCCCAGGACCGGCUGUGGGGUCAGAGGGGUCGGACGCCUCCGGCGUGGAGGCCCUGUGGCUGGAAGGAGCUCCACGACUCCACGCUGCGUGAUCUGGUGGAGGAACGCAUGGACAGCCCCUCCACGGUCCCCCCCACCAACCAGGUGGGACAGUCCUCCGUCCAGGCGGACGUCUGCGCCAUGGGCCGGCAGCUGAAGGAGGACCUGCUGCAGGUGGCGAGUGUGGUGAGGAGCUGCUACCCACCUGAGCACAACAUCGGUCACCUGUACGUCAAGGCGUACCACCGCACCUUCAGCGCCAGGCUCAGGAUGAUCGCAGACUUCGGUCUGGAGGACAAGGACUGUACCUUCCUCCUGCUCUGGGUCAACGAGAAUUAUCCCCAAGAACUUCAGAAGACGGAGCUGGCAGGUGAGAUGGAUGUGGCAGCGUUGGGAAAGCUGCUGCCCGAAGAGCUGUUGAAACCUCUGGAGGAUCAAUUCCUGAGCGGGCAACAGGAGGAGCUGACCACGUUCGUAGGCCGCAUCCUCGAGGAUGCGAAGGACAAGUGGAAUAAAGGAGAAGAGCCAUCGAGGGAGGACGGGUUCUUCGUCAGUCCCGUUUCCUACGACAUCAUCCAGCUCAUCAACGAUAAGGUGACCUCAGCUGAGAAGGUUGUGGGAGAUCUGCAGAAGGCUCGGACCAUAACGCGCCAACUCAACGAUUUAAUGCAGCGGUUCAAGAUUUUUCAAAAUGACGUCAUAAAGCAAAACAAAACGAGCAGCCGGCCGGUCGUGAAGGCCCACCUCGGCUGUAUCCAGCAGUUCAGAGACUUCCUCAAUAUGAAGAGACACCUGUUCACAGAGGAAGUGUGGGACGACUGUUUGCAUGUUCUGACCGACAUGAAACUAUCUGCCCAAGAGUAUUUAUUAAAACCUGUGCACGAGGUCCUUAAGCCAGAGUACCGCAAACUGGGAACCAGAGACUGGCUGAAUAAGAACCUGUUCAUAAGUCUGCUGCACGGCCUUGAGGAAGAGCUUCAGGGUCUUCAGGGCUCCAUCGGAUCCUGUCACCAGGAGCUGUUGAGAAAGCUGCACCAGGAGGUGACGGUAGAAUACGUGAGGAGGCUACUGAAAGGAGCCAAGCUAAAGGACGAGGGACAGCAGGUGAAGGCCUGCAACACCGUGAGGGACAACGCGGAGAGUCUGCACGAAUUAUUCGUUAAAAUGGGGUCCGAAGACGUUUGGCUGAAGGACAUCCUGACCAAGAUAGCAGAAGUCCUGAGACUCCAAGACCUCCCCGCCAUCCAGAUGCAAGUAGCCUCACUGGGAACAGAUUACCCCGACCUCAGUAAGAAUCAUGUGUUGGCUCUUCUCAAGCUGAAGACCAACCUCUCCAACGCCGACCGGAGGAGCGUCACCGACGUCCUGUCGGACAUCGGCGGCUCUGGAGGCCGAGAGGCCGCGCCGACCUUCUUCUCUGAGGUCCGGGUCUAAUGAGCCGUGAGAUGUUUGAGUGAUUAAACGUGGUCGGCCGUGUUGUGUGAGAGUGUUUGAGUUACAACAUGAGCUCUGUUACAAAGGCCCAAUGGUGUCUGCACGCUGCCUGCAUGGAAGAAUAAGCUGCUUUACUCGAGGCAAACAAUGUGCUUUUUACUACAAUGACUAUGUGUUUGUGUGUGUGAUUGUUCCAUAGUGUAUUUUUUUACAGUGUUAUUUUCAGGUUGUGUAUUUAUUUUCAAAUAUAUGUGAAAUAAAGGGAGAGGUCAAUUUUUCAGGAUUCAAGUUUUACAUUUUUUGUUUCACUGCUCCUGACGUGGCGAAUGCUCUUCGAGAAAAUUUAUAAACACAUUUUGGUAAAACUUGUGUUUGAUUUAAAGGUGGUUUUCUCAAGCGGUACAUUUUUACUUGUGUUGUAAAAUAUUCACCAGCAACAGAACGCUCUUUUUGGUUUGUAACACACAGAUUUCUAGCGUUGGUUUUAGUGCAACAUUCACCAGCAGGCAGGCAGGUAGGUAGGUGUCCCCCCCAAUAUUAAGAAUGCACCAAUCUGUCCCCCCCCCAAUAUACAGCAGAAAAUAUGUCAAAUAUAUGUUCUCCUUUUAUGAACCCUGUCAAUGGAUCGGCCUUUUGGCUCGUUGCGUCUCUCGCGACUCCGCAGCGUGACUCUCGCACACCGCUGCCGAGCAUCUUUCUCUCCAACGUGCGCUCACAGUGCAACAAACUGGACGAACUUCGGCUGCCGGUGAGAAGAGACUGAGACUUUUCCACAUCUUCCGGUUUGUGCUUCACGGAGACCUGACUCUGUGGAUUGAUACCGGACUCCGCGCUCCAGCCGGCCGGCGACACGAAGCGACACGAAGCUCUCCGGCAAGACGAAGGGUGGAGGAAUCUGCUUCUACUCCAACAGCAGCUGGUGCAACGACGUAACAGCCAAUCCUUCAUCGUCA